AUGAGACUCGUCGACAACGCACCCCUCCUUGGGGCUCUACUUCUCGCUCGUCUCGGGGAUGCCAAGCAGUGUUACCGUUUGCCAAGUGAUGCUGAUUGGCCAUCCACUGAGGCAUGGUCGACCUUGAACUCGACUGUAAACGGGAAGCUUGUGGCUACUGUUCCUAUCGGGUCGCCUUGUCACGAUCCGACAUACGAUGCCGAUGCUUGCGACGCAUUGAAGGCAGAAUGGCUGAACCCUCUAACGCACACCCCGUCCUCCCACUCUAUCAUGCAAUCGUACUUCGCCAACCAGAGCUGCGAUCCAUUCUCCGAUAGGAGCAUCCCUUGCACUCUUGGCAACUAUGUUUCAUACUCUGUCAAAGCCACUAAAGCAGAGGAUGUCAUCUCUGCCCUGGAGUUUGCGAAAGCUAAGAACAUCCGUGUUCUCGUUCGCAACACUGGGCAUGAUUUCUUGGGACGGUCUACCGGAGCUGGUGCUCUUGCCAUCUGGACGCAAAGUCUGAAGAGCAUCACCUUCGGUGACUGGUCGGAUAAGCACUACACUGGCCCAUCGGUUACUGUUGGUGCCGGUGUCAUGGGCAACGAGUUGCUUGAGGCAGUAAACAAGCAGGGCAUGACCGUCGUGUCUGGUGAAUGUGCUACAGUUGGUCUGGCGGGUGGUUUCACUCAAGGUGGCGGCCACAGCGUUCUCAGCACUGCCUUCGGCCUUGGUGCGGACCAGGCCUUGUCUUAUGAGGUCGUCACUGCUCAAGGCAAGAUGCUCACUGCCUCAGCAACCGAGAACACUGACUUGUACUGGGCUCUCAGUGGCGGUGGUGGUGGAACAUAUGCCGUCGUCCUCUCGUUGACAGUAAAAGCAUACCCAGCCAAGCAGGUUGGUGGUGCUGCCAUGCAACUCCUAGCGUCAUCUACCACCCCCGAGAAAUACGCAGCAGCAACUGCCAAGCUUAUCGAGCUCCUACCAGGCAUGAUCGAUGCCGGUGCCAUGGUAGUCUUCCUGGUCAGCACUCAGUACAUCGUUAUCAAGCCCGUCACAGUUUGGGACUCAACAGCGGCCUACGUCAAGGACGUUGUACUCGCACCUUACGCCAAAGCUCUUACAGAUCUUGGCAUUACGCCCCCAAUUGUCUACAGCGAGCUGUCCUACCGCGACCACUUCGAUCGCUACAUGGGUCCUCUCCCACGUGGAGCAUAUGAAGUCAACAGAUAUCAAUUCGGUGGCCGUCUUAUCCCCCGAGAUGUGGUGGAGAAUAACACUGCGGAACUCGUCAGGGUUUACCAGGAGCUUGCUGCCGAAGGUGUCUUGCUUGCUGGUAGCUCAGCUAACUACCAGAAGCCUGAGGGAGCCGCCGACAAUGGUGUUCUACCAGCAUGGAGGAAUGCUAUGAUUCAGCUGCAGCUUAUUACCAACUGGGACUCCACUGCUCCUUGGGCCGACAUGGAGGCUGCCCAGCAGAAGAUGACCAAUGUGCUUAUGCCCAAGAUCGAAAAGAUCACGCCGGGCAGUGGCUCAUACCUGAAUGAGGCCGAUUUCCAGCAGCCGAACUGGCAGAGCACAUUUUUUGGAGACAACUACAACAAGCUGAAGACUAUCAAGAAGAAGUACGACCCCCAGGAUGUAUUCUACAUCCUCAAGGGUGUUGGUAGCGAGGCUUGGAACGUUAGCAAAGAUGGACGCAUGUGCCGUGCCUAG